AAAACAAGUUUGGUAAGAAACCCCUUUUUGACAGUGUAAGUUUUCCAGUCAAUAAAAAGACGUUCAUUUCCUGUUGUAAAAAAAUUAUAAAUUUUGAGUGACAAAACAAAAGGGCGGGAGUCUUAUUAUUUUGUAUACCGCCAUAUGAAAAAAAACAAUUGAAAGCAUGUCAACUUGGUGAAACGUUUUAAGAAUUGCUACCAAUACCAAAACUCAAAAAGGGGUAUACAUCUGUUGAGUCGAAAUUUCCGUCAAAUUGUCAGUAUGUUGUUUUGUUUCUACUAGAUUGUCUAUUUAAGUGACAGAACAUUUUCCUAUAAUAGCAGAGGAAAAAGCAACCAAUUCAAAUCUUGUUUUCAAUGAGUACUGGGAAUUUUCACUAUGGCCAAGCAAGUAGCCCAAGUGGAUUCGAAGCAUCUGUGUCACGAUGGCAUUCUUGGUUUUCAAGAUCACCUAAUGACAUAGAAAAUAUCCGCAUCAAUGUAGAUUGUGUUAAACUUUUUGAUAAAGAGUUUCAGGAAACAGAAUCCGAUAGUGUUUCUAAUUCAGACGAAAGUAACAUAACCAAUAAAAGUACACAACUUUCUUUCGUUUACUUAAAAGAUGAUCAAGGGUUUGCAUUCGGGUCGUACCCAUUAAAAGAUCAAAAACAAUGGAAUUUUAUGAUUGAUCGUAUGAAAUAUAACAUGAGAAUUGUUAAUGAAAAAAGUCAUGGGACCAUCUAUCAUAAUUUCAAACAUGAUUUUCAUACUGGGGAUUCUUACGCACAAGAAGAUGAAUGUAUUAAUAAGUGCGAUAUGCUUGAAUUGACGCAGCGCAAGGAACAUGAUAAGGACAGCGGCAACUCGGACAAGUUGAUUCCUUGUGUUUUUUCAUUGCCUUGUAAUGGGAAAACCGCUUUUUUAUGCGGCAAUUUCCCAAACCCGUCAUUUAAUAAAAAAAUUCCGAUGGUUCGCAGUGUUGACAAAUUCGUUGCAGUUCUUCACCUGCCUAGAGGAAUUUACUACUAUAGAUUUAACGUGGAUGGAAAAUGGUCAUUUAUACCCGAGUAUCCUAAUGUUGUCACAAGAAAAGGUCAAAAACUAAACGUUUACGACAUUUCAAAUUAUCGUUGCAAAUAUUACCAAAUUGACGAAGAGUACCAAAAGGCUAAAAAACAAGUGUUUCAUCAAAAGCUUCCUGAGUUAAGCCAAUAUAAUGCUCACGCACCAAGUUUACCUUUUCUUUUAGAAAAAAAUAACCAAAUCCGUUGUUUUCCUGGAAAUAAUAAUUAUUCAACCCUUCACUCUUUAUCGAAUCGCAUUUAUAUCGAUAAAUCAGCCAGUCGUGAUUUAGGGAAAAAUGUUGUCUGUACAUGUGUGACAUGUGUUUGGAGAAGUCCUCAUAUGCUUCCUUUAUCAACGACAGGGCCAAUUUAUACUACGGUUGUGUGGAUUACAAAUAAGCCACGAGAAAGUUUUUUUAAAGAAUCUGUUGAGAAAACAAGAUUAAAACCACUGAUGUCAAAGCUGAAAAUGACCCAUACAGCACGCAAGUUUUGAAAAGUAAUAAUAGCCUUUCAUAACCUGUUCAACAUGAAGGGAAUGUGUCUCACACACUCGGAUGACAUUGAAAACAUUGUAUUUCAUAAACUGGCUAAAAAAAGCAUGGUUAAAAAAAAAAAAUAAAUACCAACUCUAUUAAAAUAUUUUAUUUAAAACAUUGUUCUGUUUUUAUUAUGUUAACCUUACACUAGC